AGCGCACGCUGCUUGGCGCGCGGGCUGACCGCCUCGCGCCCCCGGGAUCCGCGAUGUUGGGCAGCUCCGCGCCGCGGCCUGCGGCCCGCGAGACGGGCCCGGCACUGCCGGCGCUGCAGCAGACGGGGUUCCAGGAGGACCAGGAGAACAUCAACCCGGAGAAGGCGCCCGCCCCGCAGCCGCGGACCCAGGCCGCGCUGGCUGUGCUGAAGGCCGCGAACCCGCGGUGUCCCGCGCCGCAGAAGCCCAAGACGCGCCGGGUAAAGGUCGCACCUCUAAAGGAUCUUCCCGUGAAUGAUGAGCAUGUCACUGCUGUUCCUCCUUGGAAGGCAAACAGUAAACAGCCUGCAUUCACCAUUCAUGUGGAUGAAGCAGAGGAGGAGACUCAAAAGAGGCCAUCUGAAAAAAGAACAGAGUGUGAGAAUGUCCUGGCUUUUAGUACAGCUGCUACUUUACCUGGACCAAGAAAACCUCUGGUGCCUCUGGAUUAUCCGAUGGAUGGUAGUUUUGAGUCGCCACACACUAUGGAUAUAUCAAUUGUGUUAGAAGAUGAAAAGCCAGUGAGUGUUAAUGAAGUGCCCGACUACCACGAGGAUAUUCACACAUACCUUAGGGAAACGGAGGUCAAGUGUAAGCCUAGAGUGGGCUACAUGAAGAAGCAGCCAGACAUCACUAACAGUAUGCGGGCUAUCCUUGUGGACUGGCUGGUUGAAGUGGGAGAAGAAUAUAAACUACAGAAUGAGACCCUGCACUUGGCUGUGAACUACAUCGACAGGUUCCUCUCGUCCAUGUCAGUGCUGAGAGGGAAACUUCAGCUUGUGGGCACAGCUGCCAUGCUGCUAGCCUCAAAGUUUGAAGAAAUAUACCCCCCAGAAGUAGCCGAGUUUGUGUACAUCACCGAUGAUACCUAUACCAAGAAACAGGUGCUGAGAAUGGAGCACCUAGUUUUGAAAGUCCUUGCUUUUGACCUAGCUGCACCAAGAGUAAAUCAGUUUCUUACCCAAUACUUUCUACAUCAGCAGCCUGCAAACUGUAAGGUUGAAAGUUUAGCAAUGUUCUUGGGAGAGUUGAGUUUGAUAGAUGCCGACCCGUACCUGAAGUACCUGCCAUCAGUCGUUGCUGGAGCAGCCUUUCACUUAGCUCUCUACACUGUCACAGGCCAGAGCUGGCCUGAAUCGCUGGUACAGAAGACCGGAUACACCCUGGAAAGCCUCAAGCCCUGUCUCCUGGACCUCCACCAGACCUACCUCAGAGCCCCGCAGCAUGCACAGCAGUCCAUAAGGGAGAAGUACAAGCAUUCGAAGUAUCAUGGAGUUUCUCUCCUCAACCCACCAGAGACACUAAACGUGUAACGUGGAAGACUGCCUGUUUUCUAAGAUGUAAAUCCCUCAGAGUACAUGGUGUACAGUUUUUAUCUUGGGUUGUCAUUUCACAAUCAUUUAUGAACAUAGAAGUUAUGGUCAAGGACAAAUUAUGGUAUCUAUUACUUUUUUUAAUGGUUUUAAUUUGUAUAUCUUUUGUACAUGUAUCUAUCCUAGAUAUUUGGCUAAUUUUAAGUGGUUUUGUUAAAGUAUUAAUGAUGCCAGCUGUCAGGAUAAUAAUAAAUCAACUUGGAAAUCUUUGACUUAGUUAAUUGGAGGUUUAAAUAUGACUUGUUCCAGAUUCUCUUAGAAAAGACAAUUUGUUUGUAGUUUGUUGUGCAGUGGGGAGUGAGGAGCCUUCCUCUUAAAAGUCAUUUUAGGAAAACACCCUGAAAAAUCCUGGCACUCAUUUCCUCAACAACUGGACUAGUGUGCUGACGGUCACCAACUAAACACGCCUGGACUAAACCGCCUGCUAGCACAGUGAGACCCUCAGACUCAGCUCUGUGUAAACACCCUGCAGCAGCCUCUGAAAGUGAUUUUUUUUUGAUUCCUCAUCAACUUCUAGACUCUACCCAGGCCACAGAAGAGGUUGAAAAUGGUUUGGGAAGCUUUUUGCGCAUAUGAACAGUCAAAAAUCACUUUAGAGGUUCAUUUUAAAGCUGACAUUAAAAAAAAAAUCAGGCUUUAAAAAAAAAUUCCAAUGAUAUUCCUCAUAUAAAUAGAAAAAGCAAUCAUGAAAUUCAUUUGGGAAAAAUAAGAGACCCAGAAUAGCUAAAGCAAUCUUUAGCAGGGAGAGUGAAGCAGGUGGCAUCACUAUACCAUACCUUAAACUAUACUACAGAGCAAUAGUUACAAAAACAGCACGGUAUUGGCUCCAAAACAGACUGGUAAACGAAUGGUACAAAAUAGAGGACACAGACACUAACCCAAAAAGCUACAAUUAUAUUAGACAAAGGUGCCAAGAACAUGCAUUGGAGAAAAGAUGGCCUCUUCAACAAAUGGUGCUGGGAAAACUGGAAAUCCAUAUGCAAUAAAAUGAGAUUAAACCCCUAUCUCUCAUCAUGAACAAAACUCAAAUCAAAAUGGAUUAAGGACUUAGGAAUACAAUCAGAGACCCUGUGUCUAAUAGAAGAAAAAGUAGGCGUUAGUCUCCAUCAUGUGGGAAAGGCUCCAACUUCCUUAAUAAGACUCCUGUGGUGCAAGAAUUCAAAUCAAGAAUCAAUAAAUGGGAUAGAUUCAAACUAAAAAUUUUCUUCUCAGCAAAAGAAACAAUCUGUGAGGUGAAUAUGGAGCCUGCAUGUUGGGAGCAAAUCUUUAUCCCUCACACAUCAGAUAGAGCACUAAACACUAGGGUACAUAAAGAACUCAAAACCUAGACACCAAAAAAUCAAAAUAACCCAAUCAAUAAAUGGGCCAAGGACCUUGAGAGACACUUCUUAGAAGAUGAUGUACAAUCAACAAACACAUGAAAAAAUGUUCAUCAUCACUAGCAAUUAGAGAAAUGCAAAUCAAAAGCACUCUAAGUUUCAUCUCACUACAGUCAGAAUGGCAUGUAUUAUGAAGACAAACAACAAUAAGUGUUGGCAAGAAUGUGGGGAAAAAGUACACUCAUACACUGCUGUUGGGACUGCAAAUUGGUGCAGCCAAUAUGGAAAGCAGUAUGGAGAUUUCUUGGAAAAUUGGGAAUGGAACCAUCAUUUGACCCAGCUAUCCCUCUCCUUGGUCUAUACCCAAAGGACUUAAAAAUAGCAUACUACGGGAACACAGCCACAUCAAUGUUUAUAGCAGCACAAUUCACAAUAGCUAACUUGUGGAACUAAACUAGAUGCCCUUCAAUAGAUGAAUGGAUUUAAAAAAUGUGACAUAUAUACAAAAUGGAAUAUUACUCAGCAAUAAAAGAGAAUAAAAUCAUGGCAUUUGCAGGUAAAUAGAUAACAUUGGAGAAGAUAAUGCUAAGUGAAGUUAGCCAAUCCCCCCCAAAAAACAAAUGCCAAAUGUUUUCUUUGAUAUAAGGAGUCUGAUUCAUAGUGGAAUAGGAAGAGGGAGCUUCAGAGGA